CAAAAACAAAUACUUGAACAACAAAACCACGGACUGCAAAACGACAAGGAUGCAAUGAAAAAUGAGCUGGAGGAAAUGCAAAAAGAACGGGAUGCAAUGAAAGAAAAGCUGCAGAAGAUCGUAACUAUGUCCAACACAAUGUUGCAGGCCCAAGAACAACACAAGUUCCUGAUAGAGAAGACUGCAGUCUUGGAAAAGGACAGCGAUACAAUGAAAAAUCAGCUGUUGGAAAUGGAAAAAGAAAGGGAUUCACUGGAACAAAAGCUGCAGAAGAUGGAUACAAUCUCAAACGUUUUGAAAAAGGACAGGGAUGAAAUGGAAAAGCAGCUGCUGGAAAUGGGAAAAGAAAGGGAUGAAUUUGAAAAACAGAAACAUAUGAUGCUGGAACAAUUUGAAAUUGAGAAGAACAAAAUCAAAAAGGCCCUUACAAUGCAAGUUGAAUCCCUAAUGACCGAGAAGGGCCAGCUGCAAAAGUAUCUGAGCACAACUGAACAAAGGCAAAAGGCUAUAAUUGUUCAAAAAGAUGCAGAAAUACGCAGCCUAACCAACAAGCUUUCCCUCACCAGCAAGCUUUCCAUCCAACCGCAACAUACCAAAGAACCUCAAAAGCAUUUACCGGUUCUCGAGACUGAUUCCUCUUUGCUCACACAAAGAAGUGAGGAAGCAAUACAUAACAUCACACAAACGUACACUGAUCAGAAGAUUGAGCAAGUGGUCCAUGAAGUUACACAACUAUAUGCUCAUGCAGGGAAAGAUUCUGAAGAGGACAACAAAGAUGAUAAUGCAAAACAAAGACCACGAAGGCAAAAAAUGGAUGACAAGUAUUACUAUGGUUCAAUCACAAAGGAUGGUCGCAAAAAAGAACAAAUUGUCCUUGUCGAAAGUGACAAGCCACAAGCAGAAAUCAAGAAACUUGAUGACAAGAUUCCUCCCCUAGGAAAAAAGGCAGACAUUGUCCUUGCAUUGCUACCUGACGAAUGCCAAGAAACAAUCAGAAAAUUUUGGGAACUCGAGGAGGGAUGUAUGCACAUAUGGGAUUGUGAAUUAGAUGACCUGCGCAUAUAUCAAGAAGAUGUGAGGUUUCUGCUAUGUGAUCGAGAAUUAACAGGCCAGCCAAUAGAUGCCUACGUCCACUUGCUGACUACAACACUACAACCACCAACAUCUGGACCAUCCUUUUCAUUGGGAAUAGAAGAUUCCCAACAAGAUAUGCCGUUUGUCUUCAACAGCUUUUCAUCAACCUUCCUUGGAGGUGAUCAAAACUCAGCUAACAGAGCACUUGAUGUCGUCCGCUCAAAGAUUUUGAACACCAGAACAAUCCUUAUCCCAAUAUAUGGUUCAAGCCAUUAUACUUUGCUUGAGCUAGACACCAUUGACCAAGAAUGGAGGUUCUACAACUCCAUCCACAGACAAGGGAGAAGAGAUAAAUACUGUGAAGCAACUGCCAAUCUGAGAAAGAAUGUCACGAACUACAUCAACCAACAAUGCAAGAAGAAGAUUAAAACCUCUGCAAAGCUCGUGGACAAUGCACCACAACAAGAACCAGGCUCGGUUGAUUGUGCAGUUGUUGUUGCCUACAUCAUUCGCCAAAAGCUAAUGAAAAAACCAAUUAAAAGCGACCUUACAAAGCAACAAUGCCUUCAAAUGAGAGCUGAUAUUGUGCAAGCAUUUGUCAGUGACCCCAAGAGAUCAUGGACUCCAGAAAUCUAUCAUAAUAGGAUGGAAAAUCUCAGACUGCAAAAAUAUUAUGACGACCAGGAGCUUCUUGAAGAGAAGAAAAAAAAGGCAUAGAUUCAACUUACUCAUCAAAGUUGGUAGUGGUGUUGUUCAUCAGUUGUAUAGUGGUUAAUGAGUUGUUUAGUUUACUGGUAAAUGAAGAUAUACAAUCUCAGACUGCAAAAAUAGUUUUGGAAGUGAAAGUAGUGCAGAUGGGUAAUGAAAUGGUGGAGGUGAUGUUCAUGACUUGU